AAAUUCAAAAUAACAGAAAAGACUUGAGAGUCAACACUCAAGUUCUGCCAAUUGUGCUGUAUAAUUGUUGAUCGUCGAACAGCUACUAUUAUUUGCACACCAAAUAGUACAGAAUUUUUCAUAACAACGCCAUGGGAAUCAUUGCUCUGAUUUCCUUUCUCUUGUUACAUUUCAUGACUAUGAGUGUGGCUCUCCAGUCAGAGUACAAUGCUGCAGACUAUUUCUUGCUCAGUUGUGGCGCACAAUCAAACACCACAGAUGAAUCCGACGGCCGUCAAUGGUAUACGGACACACCAAAUUUCUUGCCUUCGAAUUAUGCAAGCAUAUCCUCAACAGCCACAGCUUCAGACACUUCAGUGACUGGAGUCCCUUAUAUGAGUGCUCGUAUUAUAAAAUUUCCCUUCACCUACACUUUCCCUGUUUCCUCUGGCACCAAAUUCCUCCGUCUCUAUUUUUACCCGGCCGUGUACCUUGGCAUCAAAAAAUCUGAAUAUUUUUUCUCUGUCACAGCUAAUCAUUGUACCCUUUUGAGUAACUUCAGUGCUUUCUUUACAGUCUCUGCAGAUUCUAGUGAAGCAUUUCAAAUAGAAUAUGUCAUUAAUGUUAAUGAAACUAAGAUUCUUAAUUUAACCUUUUCUCCUUCCCCAAACUCUUAUGCUUUUGUUAAUGGGAUUGAGAUACUUUCCAUGCCAACAGAUCUUUACAUCCAUGGAGACGUCAAAUUGGUUGGGCAGAUAAGUAAUCCUAAUUUCUACAUUGGUAAUAACACCGCUCUUGAAACUAUGUACAGGCUGAAUGUGGGAGGCAAAUCGGUAGCUAGCGCAGAGGAUACAGGGAUGUAUCGUGCAUGGGAUUCAGAUGACAAAUUUGUUUUUGGAUUAGGCUAUCUAACUCCUUAUUUAGAUGACAACAUCACUUACACUUCUGAAACCCCUGCUUAUACUGCGCCAACCAGUGUUUACACAACCUCCAGGAUCAUGGUAAAUGGCAGCCACACCCUGGAUUGGUUAUUCCCACUAGAUCCUGGAUUCUACUAUCUUUUCAGGUUCCAUUUCUGUGAGAUACAGCCGGAAUUUAAGAAAAUUAAUGAGCGGGUUUUCGACAUAUCCAUUGGAAACCAAAUGGCAGAGCGAGCAGUUGAUGUAAUUCAAUUGAGUGGCGGCUGGAGAGUCCCGGUUUACAAAGACUACGUGGUGUAUGUGAAAGACCUAGAUGGCCAACGAAGCAAGCAACGUAUGUUGCUUGAUUUGCGUCCUAACACGGAUUUGAAUGCUACGUAUGAGAAUGCUAUCUUAAAUGGCUUAGAAAUUUUCAAAUUGAGCGAUCCAAAUGGAAAUCUGGCUGUUCCAUAUCCUGAAUUGCGCUCAGAAGUUCCAAUCAAAUCACCACCAAACAAGAAGAAGAAAAGAUCAUGGCAUAUCAUUGUUGUUAUCAUCGCAGGUGUGAUUAGUGGAAUCAUUGUUUUCUCAAUUAUGGGUUUCUUAAUUUCCCAGCGACGCAAUAGGGGAAAAGAUUCUGAUACAUGUCUUCCCAAGUCAUCAGAGUCCACGCAAAAGACAGGCGGGUCAGGCUUAUCAUCACUACCAUCCGAUUUUUGCCGACACUUUUUACUAGAAGAGAUUAAAACCGCAACGGGCAAUUUUGAUGAAAAAUUUGUGAUUGGAUAUGGAGGUUUUGGUAAUGUUUAUAAAGGGUACCUCGACAAUGGUACAACCAUAGUUGCAGUAAAGAGAUUAAAUCCUUCAUCAAAGCAAGGGGUUCGCGAGUUCCAAACAGAGAUUGAGAUGUUAUCAUCAAAGCUUAGGCAUCUACAUUUGGUGUCCUUAAUUGGUUAUUGUGAUGAUAACAAUGAGAUGAUCUUGGUUUAUGAUUACAUGGCUCAUGGAACCCUCCGUGAUCACUUGUAUAAUACUGAUAAUGCUCCUCUUCCGUGGAAGAAACGCCUGGACAUUUGCAUUGGUGCAGCUAAAGGAUUGUAUUACCUCCAUUCAGGUACCAAACACACGAUUAUUCACCGAGAUGUCAAGUCGACUAACAUCCUAUUGAACGAUAAAUGGGUCGCCAAGGUGUCAGAUUUUGGAUUGUCCAAAGUAGGUUCACUUGGUGGGCCAGAUAUUCCCCAUGUUAGCACUGCAGUGAAAGGAAGUUUUGGGUACGUAGACCCUGAAUACUACAAGCGUCAACAAUUAACAGAAAAAUCAGAUGUUUAUUCAUUUGGGGUGGUUCUGUUUGAAGUGUUGUGUGCUAGGCCAGCAAUAAAUCCUAACUUGCCAAGUGGGCAAGUGAAUUUGGCCGAGUGGGCUUGUUGGAGUUUUAAAAAAAGAAAUCUUGAACAAAUCAUUGAUCCUAACUUGGAAGGACAAAUUGCCCCAGAAUGUUUAAGCAAGUUUGCCGAAUUGGCAUAUUGUUGCUUAAGGGAUCAAGGGGUCCAAAGGCCAUCAAUGGGUGAUGUUGUAAGAACUUUAGAAUUUGCAUUACAACUUCAAGAGGGUGCAGACAAUAGAGGUCAUGACGUGAAAGGGUACAUAAACCCGCCUAGCCUUUAUUUUCCCUUGAAUAUUGAUGGUCAUGCGAGUAUAAAGACCAAUGAACAUGAGAUUUUCUCCGGUUCAGGUGAAGUUGAAAGAAAGUUGACAAGCGAUGGUAUAUCUAUAUCGACCAGUAGGAGUGCUAGAUUGAAGAAUGUCGACAUUUUCUCUGAGAUAGUAAAUCCAUCGAGGCGAUGAAAUUGUUAUGAUCGAUACAAUAAAGUUACAUUUAUGAAGUUUUUUCAGAUUUAGGUGAUCAAAUUAGGGUCCCACUCGAAAAGUAAUGGUACAUCCAUGACAAUUUGUAGUGACAAAUUGAAGAGUGUAGCCAUUUUCUAUAAGAUCAUGAAUCUAUUGGGUGGA